UUUUAUUCCUCCAGCAAGCUAACUACAGACAAUAUAUGAAAGUUGUCUGUAGUUUAGUAACCAUAAGAAACUAUUAUUUAUUAACUGAAAAUUUGAUGUAAGUGCAGUUAGAAAUCUAGACAAUUUAAAAUAUUUUAAGAAAAAUGUCUGACAACAAAUUUUGUGUGGACUACGGGAAACGAGUGGCUGGGUGUAAGAAAUGUAAGCAGAAAAUAGAGAAGGGAGAUGUGAGAAUAGCAAAGAUAACUUCAAAUCCAUUCAACGAGGAAGGAGAAAUGAAGAACUAUCAUCAUCCUAUCUGCAUUUUCCAAACAUUUCUGAAAGCCAGAGCUACAACUAAAAUAAUUGAGGAUCCCGGAGAUCUAGACGGCUGGUCGGAGAUCAAGGACGAAGAUAAACAAGUUAUCCUGGCUUUAAUUAGAGAUACAGCAGCAGAGAAAAACAAGGAUGGACCAAAAAAAAUUUUUUUAGAAACUCCGACAAAAUCCCCGGGGGUUAAGAAAACUGCCAGUCCUGGAGUAAAGAAGGAAAAGAAACCAAAAACUCCUGAAAUCAAAGAAGAAGCUAUGAUCAAGACUGAGGAAACUACGACUAGUCGCCCUGUCUCCGGGGAUCCGAACCACAAGGAUAAUUCAUUCAGACAAUUCCAGAAGAUAUGCUCAAAAAUCCGCGAAACUCCGAGCUAUCUCAAGAAAACGGAAAUCUACUCGGCUUUCUUCAAAAAAGGAACUGGAACAGAGUUUCAGGGUGAUUUGUUCCUAUGGGUUAAACUACUUCUACCCGGAGUAGUGAAGAGAAUCUAUAAUAUGCAGAAUAAGCAGCUGAUCAAAAUAUUUAGUAGAAUAUUUGAUACUGAUGAGGAUGCCAUGCUUGAAGAUCUCGAGCAAGGAGAUGUUGCUGAAACCAUCUCUGUCUUCUAUAGCAAGAGCUCUAGGGUGAACCAGGUUACAGACGGAACCUUGUUCCUCCAUGAGGUUGAUGAGUUCCUGGACAAACUCUCCAGAUUAACGAAGGAAGAGGAGCAGCAGCAUAUGCUGAGCAAGGUUGUGAAGAGAAGUACAGUAAAUGAUUUAAGAAUGUUUGUGAGAUUGAUGAAAGGAGAUCUCAAGAUCCAGGCUGGUCCUAAACAUGUUUUAGAAGCUCUUCAUCCUGAUGCUAACGAUGCUUUUAAUUCUUCAAGGAAUAUUGACAAAGUCAUCCAGAAGAUCCUGGAACUAAGGAAUGCUGGAACCCCGCAUGGUAAACUUGAGAUUGGAGCCAGUCUCAUGCAGCCCGUCCAACCCAUGCUGGCCGCCCCAUGUAAAUCAGUUGACAUGGCGUUUCAAAAAUGUCCGAAUGGUAUUUUCAGUGAGAUUAAAUAUGACGGUGAGAGAGUUCAGGUUCACAAGCGUGGUUCAGAUUUCAAGUAUUACUCCAGGAGUCUGAAACCUGUGAUGGCACACAAGGUGAAGCAUUUCAAGGAGUUUAUCCCGAAAGCUUUUCCGUCGGCGGCAGAUCUUAUAAUUGACGCUGAAGUUCUUCUGGUGGAUAAUAGAACAGGGAAUCCUCUUCCUUUCGGUUCUCUCGGUAUACACAAGGGUUCAGAUUUCAAGGACGCGGAUCCAUGUCUAUUCGUGUUUGAUUGCAUCUUUUACAACGGGGAGAGCUUGAUGCACAGAUCCUUGAAGGACAGGAGAAGGUUUCUCAAGGAGAACAUGACCGAGGUGGGGAACAGGAUUAAACUCUCCGAGAUCAAGCAUAUCACCAAGAAACCGGACCUGGUGGAUAUGAUCAAGGAUGUGUUUAAGAAGGGUCUGGAAGGAUUGAUGAUUAAGGAUAUAAAGUCUACAUAUGAACCAGGAAAGCGGCAUUGGUUAAAGAUUAAAAAGGAUUAUCUAAACGAGGGAGCAAUGGCGGAUACAGCGGAUCUGGUUGUGCUGGGUGGUUGGUAUGGAUCCGGACAGAAAGGAGGAUUGAUAUCAAUAUUUCUGAUGGGAUGCAGGGAUUCAGAAUCAGAAACCUGGUAUACCGUCUCUAAAGUACACACAGGACAUGACGAUGCCACCUUAGAUCGUCUUCAAGGCGAACUACUGCCCAACAUGAUCAAGAUCAAGGGAGAUCAUAACCGUGUUCCAGGCUGGCUCAAGAUCAAUCGAACCAUGGUUCCGGACUUUGUGGUCAAGGAUCCGAAUGAUUCUCCAGUCUGGGAGAUCACUGGAGCGGAGUUUAGUAAGGCGGAGCUGCAUACUGCCUCCGGUAUAUCUAUUAGGUUUCCUAGGGUUACCCGGAUACGGGAGGAUAAAACGGUUGACACCGCCACCAACCUUCAGGAGCUAGAGGAACUCUACAAAGCAUCAAAACAACACAUGGAUAUUGAUUUAGAAAGUUUUAAACCUGAAGAUGGAAGUCCCACAAAGAACUCGAGUCCUGAAACAUCUAGAGAGAAGAAAAGGGCGCAUAGCUCCACCACGUCCUCUCCGGUGAAAAGAAUGAAGAACGAGGACGCAGGAAAUAUAGGGUCAGGGAAGAAGAGAGAAAAUGGAACACCAAUCAAGAAUAAUAAUUUGGAGAAUAAGAUUACACAAGCUAGCUCAGGGUUCACUUUGGAAACAAAGAACGGAGAUCUAUUCUCUUCUCCGGAUUCAAGUUCUCUGGCUCACUGUAUCAGUGUUGACUGUAAACUAGGGAAAGGGAUCGCUAAGAUCUUUCGAGAGAAGUUUGGACGGAUUAAAGAGAUCGAGGACUGCAAGGCAACUGUGGGUGGUUUAGCUGUUCUCCGAGAUAAAUCCCGAUUCAUCUAUAAUCUUGUUACAAAAGAGAAAUAUUACGGGAAACCUAGUUAUGAAACCCUGAGACAAAGUUUGGAGAAGAUGAAGGAGCAUGUUGUAAAGAAUAAGGUGACUGAGAUCUGUAUGCCCAAGAUAGGUUGUGGUCUGGACGGAUUAAACUGGUCUGCUGUCAGAACUCUGAUCAAGAAUGUGUUUCAAUCUGAACAGGUUCAUAUUACAGUAUUUGUACUGGAGGGAGCUCAGGAAACUAAGGACUCGAGAACACCUGACAAAGGGAACUAUGGAGAAGAGAAAAGAGGGAACGAAGAAAAAAAUCAACCGAAGAUUCCUCCUAACCCUAGAGAUUCAAAGCAAGGAUCGGUUCGAGAUUAUUUUACCAAGUUCAAGGAUAAGCCAACCAGCAAGGAGGAAACUAAACCAAGACGAGAAGAUGAGAAGAGAAAGGAUAUUUUAAGGGAACCGGAGACUAGUAAGGAGGAGUCUUCAAGUAAACAUGUUGAUGUCGGAUGUGGUUUUAAAACAAGAAAUCCUCUCCCGGAUGUAUUCUGCGGGUUAAGAAUAAAGUUGAGCAAGGAUUCUCCUAAUUAUGAUAUCCUGAGACGGAGUAUAGUGGGACUAGGAGGGAAAUGCCUAGAUACAGCGGAUACAGCUUCUCAUAUUGUUUAUUUGUCAGAUGAAAGUCUGCGUGCGCAGAGUGGGUGUAAGCACGUGCGCCUCCAGUGGUUGGAGGAUUCUAUAAAACUUGGCAAACUUCAACCAGAGAAAUAUUAUUCUGUUUAAUCUUGAUAAACUUCAACCAGAGAAA